CGAUGACCAUAUGGUCUAGUCCGCGCGCCCGCACUCACUUCCUCUAUUUGUGGCGGUUUCGUUUCAACUGCUUCGCCAUUGUCUCAAUAAACAAAAGAGUUCUUAAGAACAAGAGAGAUGGCAACAGUGAAAAGGAUCAAGCUGGGUUCACAGGGUCUUGAAGUAUCAGCACAGGGACUUGGAUGCAUGGGCAUGUCUGCCUUCUACGGCCCUCCAAAGCCUGAAUCGGACAUGAUCGCCCUCAUCCACCAUGCUGUCAACACCGGGGUCACUCUACUUGACACCUCCGAUGUCUAUGGACCCCACACCAACGAAAUCCUUCUGGGCAAGGCCUUGAAGGCAGGAAUAUUACGAGAGAGAGUUGAAUUAGCCACCAAAUUUGGCGUCAACUUUAAGGACGGCAAUGCGGAGGUUCGAGGGGAUCCUGCUUAUGUGAGAGCUGCUUGCGAGGCCAGCUUGAAACGCCUUCAACUUGACUGUAUUGAUCUUUAUUACCAACAUCGCAUUGAUACCAGCGUUCCUAUUGAAGCUACGAUGGGGGAACUCAAGAAACUAGUUGAAGAAGGUAAAAUAAAGUACAUAGGUCUGUCUGAGGCCUCUGCUUCAACAAUCAGAAGAGCUCACGCUGUUCAUCCGAUAACAGCCGUGCAAUUGGAGUGGUCACUGUGGUCAAGAGCUGUGGAGGAAGAGAUUGUUCCUACCUGCAGAGAACUUGGCAUUGGGAUUGUUGUGUACAGUCCUCUAGGACGGGGAUUCUUUUCCACUGGGCCUAAGUUGGUUGAGAGCUUCUCUGAGGGUGAUUACAGAAAGGACAUGUCUAGGUUUCGACCUGAAAAUCUGGACCAUAAUAGACAUUUAUUUGAGCGGGUUAAUGAAAUCGCAGCAAGGAAACAAUGCACUCCAUCGCAGCUGGCUUUGGCCUGGUUACACCAUAGAAAUACCGGUGAUGAUGUAUGUCCUAUUCCUGGAACCACCAAGAUCGAAAACUUCAACCAGAAUGUUGGAGCUCUGUCUGUAAGACUAACACUAGAAGAAAUGGCUGAACUCGAAUCAAUCGCUUCUUCAAAUGCUGUAAGGGGAGAUAGGUCUGACGAUGGCUUCUCUACGUUCAAGGAUUCAGAUACUCCACCUCUUUCAUCAUGAAAAGCUGUAUAGAAGGCAUGCUGCCAUGCCAUGUUGUCUUGCUGCUAGCUACUCUUGGAUUUCAGCUGCCUUUGAAGUUUUUGAAAAUUGUAUGUACCCUCUCUGAACUUCUGAAGAGAAUAAAUGGUCCUGUAAUCUAAUAUUAUAGUAUAUUAUGUAUUAAAGACUUGUGAAUAAAUGGUCCUGUAAUCUAA